AACGCGAAAUCAAAACAAAACUGUGGGGUAGUGGUCACAAUGGCUCUGCAACUUUUCCAACUGACAUUGGCUUCCUCGUUAUCUUCUUCUUCAUCUUCUGUAGACGCCCAUUCUCUCAUCUUGUACCGCCACCGAUAUGCACCUUCAAGAAGAAGAUUGGGUAGCCUUUGCCUAAACCACAGUACAAGCAACAGUAGCUUGGGAAGAAGGAAGACUAUUGGCUUGUUGGUUGGUAGAGAAGACAUUGAACUGCGUGUCCCAGAUGAAGAAGAAGAAGAAGAUGAGGAGAUAGAAGAAGAGGGAUCACCACCCAGCCCUCAAGACCUCCAAUACAUUCAAGAAAUCAAAAGGGUCUUGGAGCUUCUCAAGAAAAAUAGAGACAUGUUAUUUAAUGAGGUUAAAUUAACGAUAAUGAUUGAGGAUCCAAGAGAAGUUGAGCGAAGGAGGCUACUUGGCAUUGAAGACCCUGAUGCCCCAACCAGAGAUGAGUUGGCUGAAGCUUUAGAACAGGUGAAUGAAGGUAAAGUCCCAAAAAAUCGUGUUGCACUCCAAAUACUAGCAGAGGAAAUGAUGAGUUGGCCUAAUUUAGAGGUUGAAGCACCAAAGCAAACGCCAAACAAAUCCCUAUAUGCAAAUGCCACUGACACUGGUGUAGAUCCUAAAGAGGCUGCAAAGAGACUUAAAAUUGAUUGGGAUUCAGCCGCUGAUAUUGAAGAUGUUGAAAACAGCGAUGAUACAGACGUUCCUCCAGCUGUGGGUUAUGGAGCACUGUACUUGAUCACCGCUUUCCCAGUUAUCAUUGGUAUUUCAGUAAUAUUAAUCUUAUUUUAUAAUUCUCUUCAGUAGAAAAUUCUGUUGUACCAUUUUAAUUAUACUAUUAUUUACUUCCAAACAAUGUGAACAUUAUUUUGAUUUAACCCAAAAUUGUUUAGAGUGAAGAAAGCGAAUUCAUAUAGCCGACUCCAAAUUGAUAAAGGUUGAGUUGAGUUGAGUUUAAUGUGAAUAUUAUUUUGAUUAAGUAAAAUAAUUAAAAAAAAUAUAGUAGGCCCAUUUAGAUAA